CCAUUCGUACAAACAUUUUUAUUUUAAAGGCUUUGUUUUACAAACUAGUGAGCUGCCUACUUAGCGUCUGGAACGCGUCCACAUGAUGACCAAUAAUGCUGUCUAGCUACUCUCACAUACGACUCAUUGCGCUUUGGUGAGAUCGAAGAUUUCCCAGAGACCUCAGAGCCUGUCUGGAUUUUGGGAAAGCAUUUCAGCGGACUAACAGAGAAGGAUGAGAUUCUGUCUGACGUCACUUCACGUUUGUGGUUCACUUAUAGAAAGAACUUCCACCCUAUCGGUGGCACUGGACCCACUUCAGACACUGGCUGGGGCUGCAUGCUCCGAUGUGGGCAGAUGAUCCUUGGGGAGGCCUUGAUCUUUAGGCACUUGGGUAGAGACUGGAGAUGGAAUCCAGGUCAGCGGCAGAGAGCGGAAUAUAUCAGUAUCCUCAAUGCCUUCAUUGACAAGAAGGACAGCUUUUAUUCCAUUCAUCAAAUAGCUCAGAUGGGUGUAGGUGAGGGCAAGGGGAUAGGCCAAUGGUAUGGUCCUAACACAGUGGCACAGGUACUCAAGAAACUGGCAGUUUUUGACUCCUGGAGCCGACUGGCAGUUCAUGUAGCUAUGGACAAUACUGUGGUCAUAGAGGAAAUCAAGAGGUUGUGUAUGCCAUGGCUGGACUUUGAUAGGGGAGCAUGUGCAGCUUCUGAAGAGCCUCGGGAGAUGAAUGGAGAUCUGGAGGGGGCUUGUGCUCUGGCAGAGGAAGAGACAGUUCUGUGGAAACCUCUUGUUCUACUGAUUCCUCUAAGACUGGGCCUUAGUGACAUCAAUGAAGCCUACAUUGAACCACUCAAGCAAUGCUUCAUGAUGCCUCAGUCUUUAGGAGUAAUAGGUGGCAAGCCGAACAGCGCUCACUACUUUAUUGGCUUUGUAGGUGAUGAGCUGAUUUAUCUAGACCCCCAUACCACACAACCAGCUGUGGAACCGAGUGAAGAUGGUCAGUUCCCAGAUGACUCCUACCACUGCCAGCAUCCUCCUUGCCGAAUGCAUAUCUGCGAGCUUGACCCCUCCAUUGCUGCUGGCUUCUUCUGUCAAACAGAGGAUGAAUUUGAUGACUGGUGUGCACAGAUUCGUAAGGUUUCAAACUGUAGAGGUCUUCCUAUGUUUGAAUUAGUGGACAGUCAGCCAUCCCAUCUAACUAGUGCCGAUGUACUUAACCUCACUCCAGAAUUCUCUGAUUCAGACCGGCUCGAACGUUUCUUUGAUUCUGAAGAUGAAGAGUUUGAAAUCCUGUCUUUGUGAAGAAAGAUUACUUUUGCAAGACUGUCAGAAUACUGCGGGAGAAACCUCCUGAGAGAAGAGAAAUACCA